AUGGCCGCUGACACCGACACCGUCUGGUCCUGCUUCGUGCCACGCGAGCUUCCGCGGUUCGCCAAGAGGGAGAUCUCCCCGGCGCCGGCGUCCAAGAAGGCGCUCUUCAAGCGCCUCUCCUGCCUACCCGCCUUUCUCCCACGGAAGCUCAUGCACAUGAGGCUGGACAAGGCUACCGGCGCUAAGUGCUUCAUGCUUUCUGCCGAGAUACUGCAGAUCACCAAGCACCAAGGCUACGUAUGGGAUUGGACUCCUCUUGGUUUUGAUCGCAAUGCGUGCCACAUUGGCAAAAGAUUCCAACAUGUCGCGACGUUUAGAAAUUGUGGCAAGAUACACUGCAAGAUGCUCUCGCAAAAGGUGAUGUACGCCGCUUACAUGGUGUUCAAGCUAGGACCCACUUCGUUUUAUGGGAUAGACUAUCCAUUCCAGGAGGCGUCGAUUAGCGUUGGAGGACGUGGAUCAACCUCGAUAGUUUGCCUCCAAAGCUGCAUGGAGGAUGAAGGCGAUGGGGGUGAGUCACCUCGGAUACAUGUCUUGGAAUCACCAGACCGUGCACAUAGAGUAGUACGGUGUCCACGGGUAAUUACUCUUGGAGAGGAUAUGGUACUCCCUCGGAAAAGGGCCGACGACUGGAUGGAAGUGGAGCUGGGUGAGUUCUACAACGAGGAAGGCUACGAUGAGGAUGUAUCUGUCAGUUUAACGGAGACAACUGUGACCAAGAAGUAUGGUCUUAUUGUGAUGGGCGUGGAGUUUAGAAAUAGGUUACAAAAGCCAACGGGGUUGUAG